AUGGAGGGGGAAAGGGAAGAUCAGAAUGUUGGAAAUGGAGGGUCGAGAUGGAAUCCAACGAAGGAGCAGAUAAACAUGCUGGAGAGCUUGUACAAGCAAGGGUUGAGAACCCCAACUGCUGAGCAGAUUCAGCAGAUCACUGCAAGGCUCAGAGAUUAUGGCUACAUCGAGGGCAAAAACGUCUUUUACUGGUUCCAGAAUCAUAAAGCCAGGCAGAGGCAGAAGCAGAAGCAGGAGACUUUUGCUUUCUACAAUCGCUUUCUCCAUUCGCCUACUCCUCUUUUCCCUCCUCCUUACCAGAAUGUGAUUUGCAGCCCAUGCUACAUUCCUACACCAAAGAGUGAUGCAAUGUAUUACCAGCAGCAUCCCAAGGUACAACCCUCUACUGCAUCAGGUGGCUUCAAGAGGUCAAGAACAAGCACUGAUUCCCAAUCAAUGGAGCAUGUAAGCUGCAGCAGCCAUGAUCAGGAAACACUGGAUUUAUUUCCAAUCCACCCCACCGGGAUCUUGCAGUCAAGAAGUCAUGAUAAUGAUGAGAAUGAAUUCAAGAACCAUAGUUUUAGUGCAGAUAAUUCACCAAAGCUGUCAACUUCUAGUGAUGAUCAACCCUUUUUCAAUUUCUUUUCUGGGAAUUGA